AGAGCUUAGCAAUCAGGAAAUAAGACCAAUAGAUAAUAAAGAAUUAUUUAUUUAUGAUAAGGAGUCAUUAGCAAUGGAGGGAGCCUGUGCCUGUACUAUUAAUGAGAUGGUGUAUAUUCUGUGUGGGAGAGACAGCUCUACUCUUGAGUCUCCUACCAGCUUCAAGAUAAGGACACUAAACACAGACACUCACCAAUGGAGCCAGCUAUUAACUGAAGGAGACACUCCCUCCUUCACAGCCUGUUCCACCUGUGUACUGAUAGGUCAUUGCAUAUACACCUUUGGAGGAUGGGCCCGUGGUAUAGUCACUAACGAUGUUCAUCAAUACAACAUUACCAGUCAAUCCUGGAGAGAGCUGGAACCAACUGAUAGAUCACAUGAGCCGAUGAUGAAGAAUAAACAUGGGAUGGUCACCCACGGCAAUGCUUUAUUGAUAUUCGGAGGCUACGGUUGUCCUAAGGUUGGGUCUAAGUUUCAAGAAGGAGCAGGCUAUGUGUUUGAUGUCCAAUCACUUUUGAGUACUUUGAUGUGGACUAACGAGCUCCACUUGUUUGAUAUAGAAGAAAGGAAGUGGGUGGAGCCUGUCAUCACUGGACCACGCCCUAAACCUUGUGCAGCAUUCUCGUUCAAUCGUAUUGACACUGAUAGAGUGGUCCUGUUUGGAGGGAGACAGAAAGAAGAGAGAGUCAAUGAGCUACAUAUACUGGACACUAGCAACUGGUGCUGGAGUGGUGUUCUUUUGCCAGAAGGACCUGAUGAUGUUUGGCCCAGUAAAAGAUCAUUUCAUUCUGCCAGUACAGUAUUCGACCCACAACUAAUCAAUAAUAAUGAUAAUAAAGGUUUGAAUGAACAGCACCUGCUGGUUCUGUGGGGUAAUGAUAAUGAUGGAGAGAUAGUGUCUGAUUGUUGGAUAUUAGAAAUAAAAGGGAAAGAGACACAGCAUGAUAACAGUCACCAUUAUAAGUGGAGGAGAUUUCAGUUUCCAGUACCAGUUCGUGGUAGAACUUGGCAGUCAACUGCUUCAGUUUACAAUACUCCAUCAGUAGGAGAGACUCUACUGGUAACUGUGGGAGGGUCUUUUGAGAAUAUAUUCAUUAACGAGGAUCCGUUGAUGGCUGAUAGUACAAUAAUAAUGAGAUUUGGUUGUCCUUCUUUACAAAGAUUGUGUCACUUAUCUGUGUUGAAGAUGUUUCCUGAUCUGUCAUUAAUAAAUGAACUAUUACCCAUUCAUAUUAUUAACGAACUAGAGUCAAUCAAAUAUACUUCAAUCAUUUAUGAAGUGCAAUGAAAUAAUUUAAUUUUUUUGUUAUUUUUAAAUUUU